UGUGCCAUUGCAUCUCAUAUCUUUGACAGAUGUCCGUUUUCCCAGCUGCCUUGCCUUCGCUUGUGGAUCACCACUAUUACCAUUCACAUUGCCUUGCCUUCGCUUGUGGACCACCAGUAUUACCAUUCACAUUGCCAUGUUGUCGCAGUCACGCUGGAGGAGCCUCCGUCAGACCUUACUGGUCCUCUUCACUGCCACGCUUCUCAUUGGAGUAACCAUGCUGGCCAUAUCCUCUGACAUCAACCCUGUGGGAUUUUUCUUCCUUGCAGUUGGGGGUGUAUGUUUGGUUGGGUACCUCUUUAGUGUGGCAGCAGAACAAUACUUGAAGCAUCAUAAUUCAACAGAAGAAAAUCGUCCAGCCUCAAGGAGACAAAGUCAGGGAGGAGACAAUGCGGCAUACGAAGCACCAGCGUAUGAGGAGGUGGUGGCUACUGGCUACCUAUCAGAUUCCGCCCCAACGAUCUGGACCAUUACAUCUGGCCCAGGCACAACCCAGGCGGAGCCCCCGCCAUACAGUGUGGUGAUUGAGCCUCCUGCCGAUGGAGAGACUGUGGUGGAGGCAUUCAGUGUCUCCGUGGUCCCAGGUGCGCGGCGUGCCUCGGAGGCAGAUUUGCCCUCAAAGCUACACCUUCGCUUGGUGAUACCCCCGAGACUGCAGCGGUUUGUCUCAGAUACCCACGAAGUCAAGGGGACUGAGGAGAGGCUGGAACGGCUGGAGCCCCUCACGCCACCACCUGCGUAUGAGAAUGCCCCUGGGGAUGAGAUCUUUGAAGAAGAAUUCCAGCCCUCAAAGCUAUGACCGAAAGGCUGGGAACCAAAGAAAGGGAGGACUUGUUAUCACACCACUUCCUUCAAACGUCUUGCUAGUGCAGCCUAUAAUAUACCUGAAACAAAGCCCAUGUGCUGUGUUUUAGGCACCGUCCUCCCCUUUCUUUAAAUCCCACAAGAGGUCCACGUAUUACAGGCAUGCAGACCAGCUAGGGCUUCCCUCGGUUUUUGUUUCGGGGUGGGGAAGGCUAACAAUGGAUCCUGCGGGAUUUCGUUUUGUGGUUUGAGAUUCCCAGAAUGUCAUUCAUAUGUUCCUGGACUUGCAGGACAGGCCGCUUGGAAACUAGCACUGGAGAAGGUUGGACUGUUUGGCACCGUUGCAAGGAGACAGAUACUAGGGGCUGUUGUGGGUAUGGACUUUCAAGCUCCCUGUCCCUGAUACACAGAGGCUUUGUAGUCUGUACAGGGAGUUGGAGAAGAAUGACGGGAGGCACCAAUGAAGUAUGAGAGGCCAAAAGGCAUUCAGAAGUUGCAUCUUCUCAUUGAACCAAGCUUGGCUGCUAAACGUUUUCAAGACAUUUUAAUAUCUUCUUCAUCAGGAUGUGCAAUCAGAGUAAAAUCAAUCAAUAAAUACAAUGUGGGCACCUGGUUGCCCUGCAUAAAUUGUCCAUUCCUAGAUAGACUAUGGACUGAUUUUUAUAUUCAUUGAUUGAGGCAAUUUGCCCUAAAAUCAGAUGUUCUACUUUAUUCAUGCAUGGAGAUGAGUCACAGUUCUCUAAGUGCUUUUUACAUGAGGCAUUUAUAGUGCACAUGUCAUUCCUUACUCAUAGCUGUUUCCUGAUUCUUUAGAUGACGACGUGACCAUCCAGUUUAGAUUCUGUGUCUAAUCAGCACUUUUAGUGAGAAAGCGAAAGAAAGUGAGUUUUCUUC